CAGGGAGGUGCCUCAUGGCAGCCCGCCCCUCCGGCCUGGUUUCCUCAGGAAAAGCCUUAGGAGGAAGCAGGGAGGGGGUUGGGAGCCGUGGGGACCAGACUCACCGAAGCCCUCCCGCUGCACUGGCCGCCAUGGGGCUGGGGCCGCUGUUCUCUUUGCUGCUGCUCUGGACUCGGGGUGCCCAGGGGUCUGAGCUGGACCCCAAUGGGCGGCACGUCUGCAUAGCCAGCAGCCCCUCUGCUGAGCUCCAGUGCUGCCCAGGCUGGAGGCAGAAAGAUCGAGAAUGCACCAUCCCCAUCUGCGAGGGGCUGGACGCCUGCCAGCAAGAGGAGGUAUGUGUGAAACCAGGCCUCUGUCGAUGCAAACCUGGAUUCUUCGGGGCCCAGUGCAACUCCCGCUGCCCGGGCCAGUACUGGGGCCCCGACUGCCGGGAGAGCUGUGCCUGCCACCCGCACGGCCAGUGCGAGCCGGCCACGGGCGUGUGCCACUGCCAAGCCGAUCGCUGGGGCGACCGCUGCGAGUUCCCGUGCGCCUGCGGCCCCCACGGGCGUUGCGACCCCGAGACCGGCGCGUGCCGCUGCGAGCCCGGCUGGUGGUCGCCCACGUGCCGCCGCCCGUGCCAGUGCAACCCGGCGGCGGCGCGCUGCGAUCAGGCCACCGGCUCGUGCCUGUGCGAGCCGGGCUGGUGGGGCCGCCGCUGCAGCUUCCGCUGCGCCUGCCACGGCUCGCCGUGCGCUCAGGAGUCGGGCCGCUGCGCCUGCCGGCCGGGCUGGUGGGGCCCCGAGUGCCGGCAGCCGUGCCAGUGCGUGCGCGGCCGCUGCGGCGCCGCCACCGGCCUGUGCACCUGCCCGCCUGGCUUCCGCGGCGCGCGCUGCGAGCUGCCCUGUCCCGCCGGCCGCUACGGGCUGCAGUGCCGCGACAGCUGUGGCCACUGCAAGCAGAAUGAGCCAUGCUCUGUAGACACAGGCAGCUGCGAGUCCUGCAAGCCGGGCUGGAAUGGGACCCAGUGCAAUGAGCCCUGCCCUCCUGGCACCUUUGGCGAGAGCUGCAGGCAGCAGUGCCCCCACUGCCGGCUUGGGGAGGCCUGCCAGCCAGACACCGGGCACUGUCAGCACUGUGACCCUGGCUGGCUGGGGCCCAGGUGUGAAGACCCCUGCCCAGUUGGCACCUUUGGGGAGGGUUGUGGCUCCAUUUGCCUCACCUGUGUCCAGGGGUCCUGUGAUGCUGUGACUGGGGAGUGUGUCUGCAACGCCGGCUACUGGGGGCCCAGCUGCAACACUUCAUGCCCAUCUGGCUUCCAUGGAAACAACUGCUCUGUUCCCUGCGAAUGUCCAGGGGGAAUCUGCCACCCUGUCUCUGGGGCCUGCCAGUUGGGAUCUCACAGUCAGGACGCCGCCCUCAUCGCGGGCAUCCUCGUGCCUCUGCUGCUGCUCCUCCUGGCCAUCGCCUGCUGUGCCUGCUGCUGCUGGGCUGCCCGGUUGGACCCCAAGGACAGGCCAGCGAGAGAUGGAACCGCUAUGUCCAGGAUGAAGCUGCAGGUCUGGGGGGCACUGACCUCCACCCUGGGCUCUGCACUGCCCUGUGGUUCCCUCAGCAGCCACAAGCUUCCCUGGGUGACAGUCUCACACCACGAUCCGGAGAUUCCCUUCAACCACAGCUUCAUCGAGCCACCUUCAGCCGGCUGGGCCUCCGACGACUCCUUCUCUUCUGAUCCCGAGUCUGGAGAAGAGGAUGAGGGUCCCGCCUACUGCGUGCCACCCCAAGAAGGGAUGGUCCCUGUGACCCAAGCAGAGUCAUCAGAGGCCAGCCUGGCCAGAGGCCCCUUCCCUCCCCCUGAGGACGCUUCCACGCCUUUUGCCAUCCCACGCACGUCCAGCCUAGCUCGGGCCAAGCGGCCAUCGGUCUCCUUUGCUGAAGGCACCAAGUUUGCACCACAGAGUUGCCGAGGCUCAGGGGAGCUCUCCAGCCCUCUCCGAAAGCCCAAGAGGCUCUCCCGGGGGGCCCAGCCAGGUCCUGAAAGCCAGGAGGCUGAGGAGUCCACAGGCCCAGAGCAAGCAGAAACGGACAGGGCCUCUACUGGUGCCGCCAGCCCCAGGGAUUCAGUCACUGGCCGCCGUCGGCUCCCACUUGGUGGCCGGACGGUGGCUGAGCGUGUGGAAGCCAUUGAGGGCAGCGUCCAGGAGAGCACAGGCUCUGUGACCACGAUCUACAUGUUGGCAGGGACACCCCGGGCACCGGAGGGCCCCGUCCGGUCUGUCCUCCGCCGUUUUGGUAGCUUCCAGAAAGGCCAGGGAGAGCCCAAGGUCAAGAGUGCCAUCCCCAAGCCUCCACGCCGGGCCCUGAGUCGGAACAAGGGCAGCCCCGGGCUGGCCUCUGGCUCUGCCAAUCAGAGCUCCAGCUCAGCCCCAAACGAGGAGCUGACUGGGGCCUUGGAGUCUGCAGGCACCGGGCCAGAGGAAGUGGCCAGGGGGAUGGGAGAUGGCAUCGAGAGCUCAAGGAGGGACCAGGAGCUGGUCCCUGAGGGUGUCCCCCUAGAACAGGAUCCCCAGAAGCUGGCUGAAGAGGAAGGGCAGGAGGAGCCCCAGUAUGAGAAUGUUGUACCCAUCUCUGGGCCACCAGAGCCCUGAGGACUUGCGUGAGUGGGAAGACUACGGGUGGGGCGUAGGCAUCGGAACUGCCCGGGAUCAGGAAAGACAUGCUGGAGCCUCUGCGCUUCCACCGGGACAUGUUAGAGCUGGAGGCCCGUCGGCUCUGGGCCCUGGCCAUGCUCCGGAAGUGGGUCUGGAAGGCCUGGGCAGGGACCCCACAGGAUGGGGUCAGGAAGGAAAAAGAGAUGGCUACAGGGGCUUUUUCUCUGUUGCCCUGGACUCUGUUUACCCCCCAAAGGCUCUUCUUUCCUUCAUUUGCAAAACAUUUUUCUGAAAUGGGAAACAACCUAAAUGUUCGAUAAUAAAAGAUUAGUUAAAGAAAUAUUCCUUAUGAAAGGUUCCCAAACAACCACAAUAAUCAAGUUGUGUAAGAAUAUUUAAUAUGGGAGCAUGUUCAUGCUAUCCUGCUACGUGUAUAAAGUCAGUUUUCUUUUUACAAAUUUCAUUCCUUUUGGCCUCAGAACGCAUGUUUAGAAUUCUUCCAUUUCGCGUUUAUUUUGUGACUGUUUUAUAGACUUUUUUUUUUAAGAUGUAUGUGCAUAAAAAGAUUUCAGGGAAAGGCAUCAAAUGGCAUUUUUCUCUGGGAGAUGAGACUGUGGCAGAUAUUUAUUUUCUUAAAGGUUUGCAUGACUUGCAAAUUUUCUACAGAGAACAUUAAUUUUACUUUUCUCACUGGGUUGAACUUUUAAAAUUAUAAUAAGCAAUGUUUUUUGUUAAAAAUAAAAAGUACUAACAUUAUAGACAUGUCUAAAGUAAAAAUGAGAUUUCCCUUCUCCCCAGAGGAUUCCGGGGGAGGGGGGAGGGGCCAGACUUAAUUUUCACGGAAUGCCUGUUGGUCUAGUUCUGAAUUCUUUCCUCACAUACUUGUAUUGCCCAGUCAGGAAAUAAAGAGCAAGCCCCUCUGUCCCAGUGUGCUGAGAAUCUCGUGAACAGUUUAGAUGCUUCCUUUCAGAUGUUUUUCUGUGCGCAUGAAAACAAAAGAACGUACUGUUCUGCAAUUUGUUUUUUUACUUAACAAUAUAUCCUGGCUAUCUUUUGAUGUCAGUAAAUAUAAAACUACCUCUCUUUAUAAAAAAUGGCUACAUGGGAUUCCAUCACAUGGAAAUAACACAGGUUAUUUAAACCAUCCUCUACCAAUGGGAUGUGGGUUAGUGAUUCAGUCAUAAUUGUUUCAAUACAAUAAAUGAUACAGUGGACAACUCAGUCUACAUUUCUUUUUGCAUUAUUGCUAGUUUUUCUGUGGAUAAGAUUCCUAGAAGUGGAAUUGCUGGGUUAUGGGGUAAGAACAUUAAACAAUUGAGUAGUUACUCCAAAUGGCCCUCCAAAAAAAGUUGAAUGGCUUUGUGUUCUCAUAAAUUAUGUUGGUAUCCAUUUCCCCGCACCCCAUCUGAUAGGUUAAAAGUGGUACCUUGUUAU